CUGAGCAGCGGUCGACAUUCAAACACAAGUGUUCGAAGCAACAACAGCUCAGCAGCACCAUGAGGUUCUUUGUCGUGCUCGUCGCCGUGCUCGCCGUUGUCGCCGCUGGCGACAAGAAGGUGAACAAGCGCGGUCUGGUAUCCAGCCUGGGCUACGGCUCCAGCUACGGCUACUCCGGCCUCGGCUCCGGCCUGGGCUACGGCUCCAGCUUGGGCUACUCUGGUCUCGGCCUCAGCUCCGGCCUCGGCUACUCUAGCCUCGGCUACUCUGGCCUCAGCUCCGGCUUGGGUUACUCUGGUCUCGGCUACUCUGGUCUUGGAUACUCCGGCCUGGGCCACGCCAAGCUGAUCUCUGAGAGCUCGCACACCACCAUCGCCAGGAAGAUCGGAGUCCCCGUGGCCGCCCCCUACGCCGUCCCCGUGGAGAGGAACAUCGCCGUGCCUGUUCCCCACCCCGUGGCCGUGCCCGUCGACAGGCCUUACCCCGUGCCUGUGCCCGCCCCCUACGCCGUGCCCGUCGACAAGCCCUACGCCGUGCCCGUUGAGAGGGCUGUCCCCGUCCCUGUGCCCCACGCCGUGCCCGUGCCCGUCCACGAGCCUGUCCCCUACCCCGUCCACGAGCCUGUGGCCGUGCCCGUCAUCAACAAGGUGGCCGUCCCCGUGCCCGUCCCCCACGCCGUGCCCGUGAUCAAGAGCCACUCGUACGCCGCCCCCGCCCUCGCCUACGGCGGUGCCUACGGCGGCUCCCUCGCCUACGGAGCCUCCUCUCUGGGCUACAACGCGUGGUGAAGUGAUAUCGUGUGAAAUAGACACUUGUGUAUUGUGUGUAGUGUGAGUGUGUGAGUGAAUGUAUAAAUGUGUGAAUCCUGUGUGUUCCUUUGUUAAAUGUGUGUGUGUACCGAGUGAGUCGCAUUAGCGUCUAGUCGAGCAUCUUCAUCCGCCAUUCUAGAGACCCCACUCAUCCAUGAAUCGAUUCCGAUAAGGUGUCAUUGACCUAUGUCUCUUAUGUUAUGCAUUUCAUAAAUGCCACCAAAUAAACAAUCAAACGAAA